AUGGAGCCUCGCAUGGAGUCCUGCCUGGCACAGGUGUUGCAGAAGGAUGUGGGGAAACGACUGCAGGUUGGCCAAGAACUUAUAGACUAUUUCUCAGACAAACAGAAGUCUGCUGACCUUGAGCAUGACCAGACCAUGUUAGAUAAACUUGUGGAUGGGCUCGCUACCUCUUGGGUGAACUCUAGCAAUUACAAGGUGGUUCUUCUCGGCAUGGACAUCCUGUCUGCGCUGGUCACCCGGCUGCAGGAUCGGUUCAAGGCGCAGAUUGGCACAGUGUGCUCUGGAGAGGACGAAAUGGGUGACUCGAGGCUGGGCUGACUUGGCACCUGCUGAGAGGUCCCUCUCCUGUUGGCCCUGUAUUAAAUGAAGGCUCCUCCUCUCCUCUCCUCUCCUGUCCUUUGUCGCCUACAGUAUGUGUGGGACCGGAUGCUGGGAGGCUUCAAGCACAAGAAUUUCCGGACUCGGGAAGGCACGUGCCUCUGCCUUGUUGCCACACUCAAUGCCUCUGGAGCACACACUUUAACACUAAGCAAGAUUGUGCCACAUAUAUGUAACUUACUUGGAGACCCCAACAGCCAGGUUCGAGAUGCAGCAAUAAACAGCUUAGUGGAAAUUUACAGACAUGUAGGAGAACGUGUGAGGGCAGAUCUCAGUAAAAAAGGAUUACCACAGUCCCGGUUGAAUGUAAUUUUUACAAAAUUUGAUGAAGUCCAAAAAUCUGGAAACAUGAUCCAAUCAGCAAACGAUAAAAAUUUUGAUGAUGAAGAUUCUGUGGAUGGUAAUAGACCUUCCUCUGCUAGUUCUACAUCAUCCAAGGCUCCACCCAGCUCAAGGAGAAACGUUGGAAUGGGGACCACCCGCCGGCUUGGUUCCUCCUCUCUUGGAUCCAAGUCUUCAGCUGCAAAAGAAGGAGCUGGUGCUGUUGAUGAAGAGGACUUUAUUAAAGCAUUUGAUGACGUACCUGUAGUACAGAUUUAUUCCAGCCGAGACCUGGAGGAGUCCAUAAACAAGAUUAGGGAAAUAUUAUCUGAUGACAAGCAUGAUUGGGAGCAAAGAGUAAAUGCUCUGAAAAAGAUCAGAUCUUUACUUUUGGCUGGUGCCGCCGAGUACGAUAACUUCUUUCAACAUCUGCGUCUUUUGGACGGAGCCUUUAAACUAUCUGCUAAGGACCUGCGGUCUCAGGUAGUGCGGGAAGCUUGCAUCACAUUGGGGCAUCUGUCAUCAGUUCUGGGAAAUAAAUUUGACCAUGGAGCUGAAGCCAUUAUGCCAACUAUCUUUAAUUUAAUUCCAAACAGUGCCAAAAUUAUGGCCACUUCCGGUGUUGUAGCUGUUAGGUUAAUCAUUCGGCACACACACAUCCCUAGGCUAAUACCUGUCAUAACAAGCAACUGUACCUCUAAGUCUGUCGCAGUUAGAAGGCGCUGUUUUGAAUUUUUAGAUUUACUUUUACAAGAAUGGCAGACACAUUCACUGGAACGACACAUAUCAGUAUUAGCCGAAACAAUAAAGAAGGGAAUACAUGAUGCCGAUUCCGAAGCAAGGAUAGAAGCCAGAAAGUGCUACUGGGGUUUCCACAGUCACUUCAGCAGAGAAGCAGAGCAUUUGUACCACACCUUGGAGUCCUCCUACCAGAAAGCCCUGCAGUCCCACCUGAAGAACUCGGACAGCAUCGUGUCUCUGCCGCAGUCCGACCGCUCGUCCUCAAGCUCUCAAGAGAGUCUAAAUCGGCCACUCUCUGCCAAAAGAAGUCCUACCGGGAGCACCACCUCUAGAGCUUCUACGGUCAGCACCAAAUCCGUGUCAACGACCGGGUCCCUCCAGCGGUCUCGAAGCGAUAUUGACGUGAACGCAGCAGCCAGUGCCAAGUCCAAGGUCUCAUCGGCCUCGGGUGCUACGCCUUUCAGCUCUGCAGCGGCCUUGCCUCCGGGGUCCUACGCAUCCUUAGGUCGGAUCCGCACGAGACGGCAGAGCUCCGGGAGUGCCACCAGUGUCGCCACCACACCUGAUAAUCGAGGCCGCAGUCGCGCCAAAGUGGUUUCACAGUCCCAGCGAUCCAGAUCUGCUAAUCCUGCUGGUGCUGGCAGCCGGUCAAGUUCCCCAGGAAAAUUGUUGGGAAGUAGUUAUGGUGGCCUUGCCGGGGGUUCCUCAAGAGGCCCGCCUGUGACUCCCUCUUCAGAGAAGCGAAGCAAGAUCCCCAGGAGUCAGGGAUGUAGCCGAGAAACCAGUCCAAACCGGAUAGGAUUAGCACGGAGCAGCCGUAUCCCUCGACCCAGCAUGAGUCAGGGGUGCAGCCGCAAUACCAGCUGUGAGAGCAGCCGCGAUACGAGCCCCGCUCGGGGCUUUCCUCCACUCGACCGGUUUGGGCUUGGCCAGGCAGGAAGAAUACCUGGCUCUGUGAAUGCCAUGCGGGUUUUGAGCACGAGUACGGACCUUGAAGCUGCUGUCGCUGAUGCUUUGAAGAAGCCGGUGAGGAGGAGGUAUGAGCCGUACGGGAUGUAUUCUGAUGACGAUGCCAACAGCGAUGCCUCAAGCGUUUGCUCUGAGCGCUCGUACGGCUCCAGGAACGGCGGCAUUCCCCACUAUCUGCGGCAGACCGAGGACGUAGCAGAAGUUCUCAACCACUGUGCCAGUUCCAACUGGUCGGAAAGGAAAGAAGGGCUUCUCGGCCUGCAGAACUUGCUGAAGAGCCAAAGAACACUGAGUCGAGUAGAAUUGAAAAGACUGUGUGAGAUCUUCACUCGAAUGUUUGCUGACCCUCACAGCAAGAGGGUUUUCAGUAUGUUUUUGGAGACUCUGGUGGAUUUUAUAAUAAUUCAUAAGGACGACUUACAAGACUGGCUUUUUGUUCUUCUCACACAAUUACUUAAGAAAAUGGGGGCAGAUUUACUUGGAUCUGUGCAAGCAAAAGUUCAAAAGGCUCUAGAUGUCACAAGGGACUCCUUUCCAUUUGACCAACAGUUUAACAUUUUGAUGAGAUUUAUUGUGGAUCAAACUCAAACUCCUAACCUCAAGGUCAAAGUUGCAAUCCUGAAGUACAUCGAGUCCCUCGCUAGGCAGAUGGAUCCAACGGAUUUUGUAAACUCUAGUGAGACGAGGCUUGCAGUUUCUAGAAUUAUAACCUGGACGACAGAACCAAAGAGCUCAGACGUGAGAAAGGCAGCACAAAUUGUGCUGAUCUCUCUGUUUGAAUUGAACACUCCCGAAUUUACCAUGUUACUUGGUGCCUUGCCAAAAACCUUCCAGGAUGGUGCCACCAAACUCCUGCAUAACCACCUCAAGAACUCUAGUAACACCAGUGUGGGCUCUCCGAGCAAUACAAUUGGCCGGACUCCCUCCCGACACACCAGCAGCAGGACCAGCCCCCUGACCUCACCCACCAACUGUUCCCACGGGGGCCUGUCUCCCAGUCGGUUAUGGGGUUGGAGUGCCGAUGGGCUAUCGAAGCACCCACCUCCCUUUUCUCAGCCUAACUCCAUUCCCACCGCUCCCUCCCACAAGACUCUCAGGCGCUCUUACUCUCCCAGCAUGCUGGAAUAUGAUACAGAGAACCUGAACUCUGAAGAAAUUUACAGUUCUCUGCGUGGAGUUACAGAAGCCAUUGAAAAGUUUAGUUUUCGAAGCCAAGAGGAUCUGAACGAGCCAAUUAAGCGAGAUGGCAAAAAGGACUGUGACAUUGUGUCCCGCGAUGGUGGAGUUGCGUCGCCUGCCACGGAGGGCCGGGGAGGCAGUGAUGUGGUGGAAGGAGGCAGAACGGCCCUGGACAACAAGACGUCCCUCCUCAACACCCAGCCCCCCCGCGCCUUCCCUGGGCCGCGGGCGCGAGACUACAAUCCCUACCCCUACUCGGACACCAUCAACGCCUAUGACAAGACAGCCCUGAAGGAGGCCGUGUUCGAUGAUGACAUGGAGCAGCUUCGAGAUGUGCCCGUUGACCAUUCUGACUUGGUGGCUGACCUUCUGAAAGAGCUGUCCAACCACAACGAGCGGGUGGAGGAACGGAAAGGCGCCCUGCUGGAGCUGCUCAAAAUCACCCGGGAAGACAGCCUGGGCGUCUGGGAGGAGCACUUCAAGACCAUUCUGCUCCUGCUGCUGGAGACGCUCGGAGACAAAGACCAUUCCAUCCGAGCACUAGCAUUGAGAGUUCUGCGGGAAAUUCUGAGAAACCAGCCCGCAAGAUUUAAGAACUAUGCCGAGCUGACGAUUAUGAAGACUCUGGAAGCCCACAAAGACUCCCAUAAGGAGGUGGUGAGAGCAGCCGAGGAGGCGGCUUCCACGCUGGCCAGCUCCAUCCACCCGGAGCAGUGUAUCAAAGUCCUCUGCCCCAUCAUCCAGACGGCCGACUACCCCAUCAACCUCGCCGCCAUCAAGAUGCAGACCAAAGUCGUCGAGAGGAUCGCCAAGGAGUCCUUGCUGCAGCUCCUCGCCGACAUCAUCCCGGGCUUGCUGCAGGGUUAUGACAACACCGAAAGCAGUGUGCGUAAGGCCAGCGUGUUUUGCUUAGUGGCGAUUUAUUCCGUAAUUGGAGAAGAGCUGAAACCUCACCUCGCACAGCUCACGGGGAGCAAGAUGAAGCUACUCAACUUAUACAUAAAGAGGGCCCAAACCACAAACAGCAACAGCAGCUCCUCCUCCGACGUGUCCACACACAGCUAA